AUGUCUCAACCGGUCCUGUUUCUUAUGACCACGAUACUCCAAUUACUGGACAGUGCCGACCGCAGUCCCGACAAUUCUAGGAUGUAUAACCCGGCUCCAAACUUGAUGUACUCCUUUUCCAACGAGUCAGGCUUGAAAAGCAUCUAUAACAUGGUCGGCUACACCGACUUCAACAGCUUCGAUAUGAGCAUCCUACCCUUUUCCGAUGCUCAGUUGGUGAAUCCUUUCUACAUGGGCAUUGCUGUGCUGAGCCGAACACCCUAUGGCGGUUGCAUUGAUCGGUCAGACUGUACCAUCGCGACUCACGAACGCGGGACCACUUGGAGAGAGGAUGGGUGUGGCGGCCGAUUCUGCGGUGCCCCAACAGGCCAAGCGUUGGAACCAUUGAUCACCAUCUAUCCAACCUUGACACGAGCGACACAUCAUGGGGCAAAGUCUACCCAUGUUUCCUCUAUCUCUACCAUUGCAGGCGAAGACCGGGCAGAAGCGUAUCAUGCUCUGGAACUCGCUGGGAACGAUCAAGACACUCUGCCCAUCAUUGUGUCAGGAGUUUCUGGAGAGCCAGUCACAGCCCUUGCAGACAUUGGCCUUACCUUGAUGGAGAACUACGCCUCUUCAGGAAUGCUUGAGGCGCUAGGCGUCUCGUCCACGUCUUCUCAUACUGAUCAGUGGCAGGCCAUUGCGAAGCCGGACCAGCGUGUUGCGGCCCUUGGCAGACCAGUUUUCAGAGUGACCCCACACGCGAAUGUGAGCUUGAACCUCCUAGCAGGGCCCAAAGACGCAUCAAAACAGUUUGCCAGCGUGAACUUCAACGUCUUCGACUUGCCUUCGCCUUCUCAAGACGGAACCUUCGUGUGGCAACCGGAAGUGUUCCUCGGCGUGGCGUUUCUAAGGGACGCAACGGCGUCGAGGCUCGCGGAGGACUUCGCCGGAAAUCCCGCACCUGAAGGUGUUGCUGUACUGGCAAGAGGGAUGAAAACUUAUGAAUUUAGCUUUGAUGCUGGAAAGCUAGCGGAUGGAAAGCGGGCAGACAGGAAGAAAGAUGAGUUGUGA